AUGUCCACGACCGCGACUAUCGCCGAGUAUCAAGCCCAGAAUAAAGCCAAGCUCAUCUCUGAGGUCCGACGGAGGUUUGAAGCUGAGUAUGUGACAGAUAAGUCAGAUAAGUAUGAUUCACGUGAUGUUGAAAGACUACAGCAAGAUGAUAACUGGGUUGAAAGUUACUUGGCUUGGAGGCAUAAUGUCGUAGAUGAAACACUGAAGAUGCUUGAUGAGAGUUUUCAGUGGAGGAAAGAAAUGGCUGUCAAUGACCUGACUGAAGCCUCCAUUCCCAGGUGGCUAUUGGAAAUUGGUGGCAUUUAUCUCCACGGUUAUGACAAAGAAGGCAACAAGUUGUUCUGGAUCAGGGUGAAGUACCAUAUAAAAGACCAUAAGACCAUGUUGGACAAAAAGAAGCUUAUUGCAUUCUGGUUGGAACGGUAUGCUAAGAGAGAAAAUGGGAAGCCUGUUACAGUGAUGUUUGACCUGUCAGAGACUGGACUGAAUAGCAUAGACAUGGACUUUGUACGCUUUAUCAUCAACUGCUUUAAGGUUUAUUACCCUAAAUACCUCUCAAAAAUUGUGAUCUUCGAUAUGCCUUGGAUAAUGAACGCUGCUUUCAAAAUUGUGAAAACUUGGCUUGGUCCAGAAGCAGUGAGUUUGUUGAAGUUUACGAGUAAAAAUGACAUCCAAGACUAUGUCAGUGUAGAAUACCUGCCUCCUCACAUGGGUGGAACUGAUCCUUUCAAGUAUAGCUAUCCACCACUUGUAGAUGAUGAUUUCCAAACACCGUUGUGUGAAAAUGGGCCUAUUGCCAGUGAGGAUGAAGCUUCAAGUAAAGAAGAUAUAGAAAGUGAUGGCAAAGAUACCUUGGAGACAAUUUCUAAUGAAGAACAAACAACUCUUCCUAAAAAGGGUAACAUAAUGGAACCUAUUUCCAAAGCAGAUGAGAAUGAAAAAGUUGAUUCCAAAAUGAAAACUUUCAAGAAACCACUGAGUGUGUUUAAAGGGCCCUUAUUACACAUCAGCCCAGCAGAAGAACUGUAUUUUGGAAGUACAGACUCAGGAGAGAAGAAGGCUUUGAUAGUGUUGACAAAUGUAACAAAAAACAUAGUGGCAUUUAAGGUGAGAACAACUGCUCCAGAAAAGUACAGAGUCAAGCCCAGCAAUAGCAGUUGUGACCCUGGUGCAUCAGUUGAUAUAGUUGUGUCUCCCCAUGGCGGUUUAACAGUCUCUGCCCAAGACCGUUUUCUGGUAAUGGCUGCAGAAAUGGAACAGACAUCUGGCACGGGUCCAGCAGAAUUAACUCAGUUCUGGAAGGAAGUUCCUAGAAACAAAGUGAUGGAGCACAGGUUAAGAUGCCAUAUUGUUGAGAGCUGUAAACCAUCCAGUCUUACAUUGAAAGAUCACGCCUUUAACAUGUCAGAUAAAACCGGCGAAGACCUCUACCAUCAGCUCAAUCGUUUGGUAGAGAGCACUAGGAAGCUUGAAGACCAAGUCCAACGAUGUAUCUGGUUCCAGCAGCUGCUGCUUGCCCUAACUGUGCUCUUGCUUGCUUUUACGGUUUCUUUUUUCUAUCUGUUGUACAGUUAA